AUGUUGCACAAAGUGAAAUUUAUAUCUUCGUUCACGUUGACGAUCAUCGUGAUUGUCCUCGCCUUAGUCAACAGCGGAAAGGCGUCUCUCGAUGGAAACGUGAAAUGGACAGGUGGAACUUUUGAAUGGCCUUGUCCAACCACGAAGAACAUGUUCAAAAGCAGCGGGAAAUACAUUUCGAAGAACGUGAUAGCGACUAGAGCUGCCAUCUACAACGACGACGCCAUUUUGGCUCUGCCCAGGUUUAAGCCCGGUGUUCCAGCGACAUUGGCCAAAAUUUCUCGAGAGAACAAGAGCUGCGAGGCGACCCUGGUCCCUUAUCCUUGCUGGUCCCUUCAGGAAGAAGGAACCUGUACAGCGCUGCAGAACGUGGUAGAUAUUUACCUGGAUCCUCAGAACAUCCUCUGGGUCCUCGAUACCGGUGUGGUGAACACUUUGGACGAACCUACUCGCAAGUGUCCACCGAAAGUCUUGGCCAUCAACGUGAGCACUGGAAAGCUGGUGAAGACCGUGGAGUUAACAGGCCUGACGACGGCCACGUCUCGCCUCCAAUACGUGGUGUCGGACUACAGCCAGGACGGGAGGGUGUUCAUCUACGUGUCAGACGCUGCCACAAGGGCCAUCCUCGUCUACGAUGUGACAUCGGGACGCGGUUAUCGCGUCGUCUUGCCGCAAGCUGUCGCCAUAGGAUGCACAAGAAGAGACGUUUUGUACCUCGCCCUUCUCCGACGUUCAGACGGAAGUACAUGUCUCAUCUUCACCUACCUGAGCAGCAGCCGUAUAUUUUCCAUCAGGACCCAACACUUACGGAACGGUUCAACGAAUGGGAAGAUCCACGAUCUUGGAUUGAAACCGAGGAAGAUGGUGUUUUUGGGUACGGACAAUGGAAGCGCCCUUUUCUUCCGCUACGAAGGCGAAUCAGACGUUUACAGAUGGGACGCUACCCUUCCUUUCGAUCCAAAAUGCUUCCAACAGGUGUAUACCAGCGCGGAAUGUUCCCUUGCCACUCAUGUUGUUGCUGAUUACAAGAGAGGAAGGAUGCGAGUGCUCGAAUCGAACUUCCCUGAUUACAUGCAGGGAACGAUUGGCUGCGGUGCCAGCCAAGCACUUAGUCUAAUGAUGCUGCCUCUAAUCCUGCUAGCAGGACUCUCCUGCGUCUCGACGACCGCGCAGAUCCUCGAGACCGUGGCUCAAUGGCCACUGUUAGACUUCGCUCUUCCCUUCGACCAAGAGUUCCUAAAUCAGUAUCGUCCGGAGAACGUGGUGCCAACUGGAAUCGAAGUUACCUGGGACAAGGUCUUCGUGAGCAUUCCAAGAUUGCGCGCUGGCGUUCCGUCGACCUUGAACUACUUCCCGAGGAAUAUUCCACUGGAGAGUAGCCCGCAGCUUCAAGCGUAUCCGUCCUGGGACUGGCACAGUGCCGGAAGAGGAGAUUUGAACUGUUCCAAGCUGAUCUCCGUCUAUAGGACGAAAUUGGACAGGUGUAAUCGAUUAUGGGUUGUCGACAGCGGUAUCAUGACGUCGAUCGAUAACUUCACGCCUGUCUGCACGCCGAAAAUAAUGGUGUUCGACCUGAAAACCGAUCAGCUGGUGCGGCAGUACGAGUUCCCGCGUGAUGCUCUGAGGCCCAACACAUUACUGACGAAUCUAAUUAUCGACGACACCUCUGCGACAACCUGCGACGACGUGUUCCUCUAUAUAUCUGACACAGCAGGACCCGGUCUUCUGGUGUUCGAUGGCGCCACUGACAGGAGUUGGCGUGUGGUGCACGCGACGAUGUAUCCCGAUCCAAAUUUCUCCAUGUACCGGAUUGGUAACGACAUGUUCGAAUUACUAGACGGUGUGGUUGGUCUAGCAUUUUCUGCUCGUCUUGGAACGGUCUACUAUCAGCCUCUAGCGACAGAUCGUCUGUUCAGCAUACCGACAACGGCUCUUCAAGCUGGUCCUCCGGCCUUCGGUGAACAGUUACCUGUAACAUUGGUCGGCAAAAAGUCCAGUCAAGGUCUCGCGUUGGCCGUUGACCCUCGCGACGAUACGAUUCUCUUUGCACCUUUCACAGAAACCAUCAUUGCUGCCUGGCAGCCUCAAACCAAUAAACAAAGGAUCGUCGCCUUCAGUCCGGAGAAGCUCCAGUUCACCGCUGAAAUCCGAUGGGCGGAACACGACAACGGCAACAUCUGGAUAAUGUCCAGCAGGUUCCAGAAAUUCUUCAGGCGGCAGGUGAACAUACGCGACAUCAACAUCCGUGUGAUGAGGUUGAGGCCAAUCUUCUUCUGA